ACAAUAUGUUUUAUACUAUAUCUGAAGUUGUUCUUCAUAGGUAUCACCGGCCUUUACAAUGGUAUAUCAGCUUCUCUCCUCCGUCAACUGACAUAUUCUACAGCCAGGUUUGGCAUUUAUGAAAUGGCUAAACAAUCCCUUGCUCCUAAAGAUGGCAGCCCAGUACCAUUCUUUAUGUCAGCAUUUCUGGCUGGGCUUGGAGGCUUCGCUGGAGGAUUUGUUGGGAAUCCAGCCGAUCUUGUUAAUGUUAGGAUGCAAAAUGAUGUAAAACUACCUCCAGAGCAAAGAAGAAAUUAUAAAAAUGCGAUUCAUGGAUUAUGGAGAGUGGCUGCGGAUGAAGGUGUCUUGCGACUUUGGGCUGGUGCAUCUAUGACAUGCAGUCGAGCUGUGCUGAUGACCAUCGGGCAGUUGUCUUUUUACGAUCAGAUUAAAGUGAUACUCCUUAAAACAUCCUACUUUGGAGACAAUGUUGUAACCCAUGUCACAUCCAGUUUAUUAGCUGGUGGCAUAGCGACUACGUUGACUCAGCCAGUGGAUGUUUUAAAAACGAGGGCCAUGAACGCGAAACCAGGCGAGGUGAAGAGUAUAUUCGCCCUCAUCAGAGCCACCGGCAGGGAAGGUCCUCUAGCAUUCUUCAAAGGAUACAUUCCAGCGUUCGCUAGACUUGCGCCUCAUACUAUUCUUACAUUUGUAUUUUUGGAACAACUUAGAAUGAAUUUUGGUGUGAUUAAAUUUAAUUAAUUCCCAUUUGUUAGAUUAAAAUAGUUUUUUGUAUAUAUUGCUAAUUUGGUGUAACUGAUUGCAAUUUUCUUUUACUUGCAUUUAGUUUUAGCGGUUGAGGAUUUGUAAGUUGUUUCUGUUUCCUAGAAUGCACAUAGGAACUUAUAGACUUUGUUACUGUGAACUCUCAUAAUUCGUGUAUGUCGCUUACAACUGCCAUGUUUAAUGUAACAAGUCGAAAAAUUAUUUAUUGAGAUAUUUUCCAGCAAUAAUUUAAGAAUUCUCGCAUAAUUUGUUGUUAGGUUGAUUGAACGACGAAGUCACGUUUGGUUAUGUAUGAAUUUGUGUAUAUAUUUGGAAAUACACAUUUUUAAAAAAUAACGAUAACAUAAAUAAUAAUGAUUACAUUUGACGAGAUUAAUUAAUUACACAAAUGAGAACAUUAUAGGGUGGUGUUAAGGAUAUUAUUUCUUUUGAAGAAUUUUUACUUUUGAGAAAUUUACAACUUUACUAUUAAAUAAGAAGUAACUCUGAAGGCUUUAAGGUAUGUAUUCCCUGUUGCCUUACUUAAUAAAAACAAGUCUUCCUCUACAUUAUUGGAUGCUGUUUGCACAGUAUUGUCCUAACCUCUCAUUAUAAAUUGUCCACUUGGAAACUAUUUCUCUGAGACGACCCCAGAGUCAUGACAAUAUAAUUAAUAUUUUUAAUAAUAUCUACAUGACAUACUACAUGUUAAUUUUAUAUAUAUUUCUCUUUUAUUUCAAACUUCUUUAUUUAUUUUUAAAAGUUUCAAAUAAUAUAAAAAUAUUAUCAAUCCUCAAUUACAAAUGACAUUAGGGAUAUAUUGAUUUACAUGGCUGUAAAAAGUAUAAAUUAUUCUGUAUAUUUAUAUGUUAUGUAUAUAAUACUACAUAGGAAGAGACUUUGUUAUAUGCCGCCCUGUGGCUGUGUUGUUUAUUUAUUUUCUAGUAUUUUUUAACUGUGCCAAAAAUGUAAUAGCCUAAAACAAUUAUUUAAAGAAAUGUGCUCUUUCUCGAUGUGACAACGAUAUUUGUAACUUAUUUAUUAUAUUUACGUCAUUGGUUAUACAUUCCUCAGAAACAAAA